CGAUUUGAACUCCAGGAUUCCAGAAAAUUUGCUGUCCCUACAAACGUCGUAAGUGUGAAGAAGAGGGAGGGCGAGCAAAGCUUGCAGGCUGAUGUGACCGUCUCGAUAGGCGGAGAAGCUGUGACAUGCCAGGUUCCCGCUGGGACUCACCCCUCCGGGGUCCAGAGCCCCGCGGCCGAAGGCUUUGUCCGGACCUUCAGCCACGAGCAGCUGCUGGCCCAGAUGAUGCAGUCCCACAUGGUGAAGGACCUCUGCCUGAUUGGACAGAAAGGUUGUGGCAAAACCGUGGUUGCCAAAGCGUUUGCCGCCCUCUUGGGAUACAACGUGGAGCCCAUCAUGCUCUACCAGGAUAUGACAGCGCGAGACCUCCUGCAGCAAAGGUACACGCUGCCCAACGGGGACACCUCCUGGAGACCGUCUCCCCUGGUCACCGCUGCCCUCCAGGGGAAGCUGCUCAUUCUGGACGGCCUUCACCGGGUCAACCCAGGCACGCUGGCCGUCCUCCAAAGGACGACAUUCGGCUAA